UGUCACGUGACAGGGAACUGGCUACUCGAAUCAAAUCAACGGCUGCCGCUUAUGCUACAAGUUUGUUGACUUCUCCCCUUUUUUGUCACCUCCUCUCUCUAAACUGAGAGACUCGCCGCCAGCAUGGACAACAGCGGCAAAGAGAAGGAAGCCACGGCUUUGAUGGCCGAGGCUGAAAAGAAGUUGAAGUCAUCACAGUCUUUUUUUGGGGCACUUUUCGGGGGUUCCUCCAAGCAGGAAGAGGCCUGUGACAUGUACGUGAGGGCCGCCAACAUGUUCAAGAUGGCAAAGAACUGGUGUGCGGCGGGGAAUGCCUUCUCCCAGGCGGCUCGCCUCCACCUGCAGAUGCAGAGCAAACACGACGCGGCCACCAACUUCAUAGACGCCGGAAACGCCUUCAAAAAAGCCGACCCGCAAGAGGCCAUAAACUGUCUAAACCGAGCUAUUGAGAUAUACACAGAUAUGGGCCGCUUCACUAUCGCGGCCAAACAUCACAUGAGCAUCGCUGAGAUCUACGAGACAGAGAUGGUGGACAUCGAUAAGGCCAUCGCUCAUUAUGAACAAGCCGCAGAUUAUUACAAAGGUGAAGAAUCCACCAGUUCGGCCAACAAGUGCCUUUUAAAGGUCGCCACCUACGCUGCCCAGCUGGAGCAAUACCACAAAGCCAUUGAAAUCUACGAGCAGGUGGGCACUCACGCCAUGGACAGCACGCUGCUCAAAUACAGCGCCAAGGAUCACUUCUUCAAAGCGGCGCUCUGUCAUUUCUGCGUGGACAUGCUCAAUGCUAAACUGGCUGUGCAGAAGUAUGAAGAAAUGUUCCCGGCCUUUUCGGACUCUCGAGAGUGCAAGCUGUUGAAGAAACUCCUCAACGCUUAUGAAGAACAGAACGUGGACGCCUACACCGAUUCGGUUAAGGAGUUUGACACCAUCUCGCGGCUUGACCAGUGGCUCACCACCAUGCUACUGCGCAUCAAGAAAACCAUACAGGAGGACGAGUACGACCUGCGCUGACUUGACCUCCGCCCUCACCACUGCGCCUUGUGUUUUUGCCUUGACUCUCUCUUUCUCUCUCCCAUCAUCUUUGCUUACCUUAAAGCCCUUAUAUCCACCUUUCAUAACAUCCACAGGAUCUGAUCUCUAUGAACACUAUCCUCCUGAGUGCACUAAUGGUUAUUAGUCUGUUGUCAGAUUGCCAGCACAUGACGAGAUAUGGAGCCAUUCUACGAAUAGUGGAAAAAAAAAAUGCACGUAACUGAUGCCCAAAUAAUGCUUUAAAUUCCCUUUGUUAAUGGUUUAAACUAUAAAUAUAAGCACAAACUAUGAGCCCAAAACAUCUUAUCGACACUUUAAACUGAUCCUAUAACUCUACCCUUAAAAGUAAUGUCUUAUAGAUGAAUUGCACAUGUACAUGCAUAUGCGAUAAAGACUUUCUGCUUUUACCUGGACUAAACUUGGCUCCUCCCUGACAUCCAGUGCUGGUCUUUUCGUUGAGAUGUAUCGUUUCAUAAAUUCUUCCUUAGAGCAACUGUUCCAGGUUUGGCGAAAAAGUAACUUGGCAUUAAAAAUUGAUUUUUAAAAAUCUAUAUUACUAUUAGAAGGUUAGCAAAAUCAAUCAUCCAUAUUUUAAAAUACAUGGGAAAAUUAACUUUGUAUUUCAAUGUUAGGUACCUGUGGUAUCAACAACACCAAACCAAAGUGUCUGGAAAAUCACAAAUAAGUCAAUAAGAAAUCCCCAUAAUCUUUUUAAAACAAAUAAUGGAGGAGCGGGUUUAAAAAAAAAUCAGCAAAAUUCACAAACGGUGAACCUCAAAAGUGAACUGAAGCAAAAAAAAAAGGUUCUUUUUAAAUUGCCUAUGUACAUCGUUUAAAUAUUCAAUUUACCACCAAGUGUGAUCCCAAAACACUUGAACUUCAUUUGGAAUUUAAUUUACAUUUCUGUUAAAAAUAAACAAUUUACAGAUUAUUUGAUUCAGACAAAAAAAAAAACACCUAAUGCGGUAAAGACUCCAUAACAACACAGGCUGAACUUAGUCUCCCACCAAUCAACAUGUAUCACUUCAGCAUACUCUCUUUGCCAACUGUACUACUUUUGGAAAUAGACUCAACCCUAUCUAAAUGAUUAAAUGUUUUGUGACUUUCGUAACAGAACAACGUUAAGAAGUUAAGCAUUAAAACAACGUUAAAGUGCUUAGAUGGCUUUUUCCCUAUUAUGGCACCAUGGCUCCACUUAUAACAACAACCGUGAUGUCUUCAUUUCAGCGCAACGGGAUGAGAAUCUCAUUUGAUCGUCCCCAAGGACUUUGUGUGGUUUUGUCCCGCACGUCAUGAUGAACAUUUUGCAUGGUUUUCGACAAGAGCAAUAGACUAGCGUUUCUCCUUUCUUUCUUUCAUUUUUGUUUGUCUUGUUUUACGCGUGCCUGGUCUGUCUCCGACUCUUGUCUUAACGUGCGUGUUGAUAGCGUGGAAACAUCCAAAGUGAUGUCCAACCCAACCAAAGCAGGAAAUCAUGUGAAGUCAAGUAAAAACCUUGGCAAACCUACAGGCGAUGUUUAAAUUCACAUUUUAAUGCCCCCCCCAACCCCCAUUGCCGUACGAGUGCAACAAGAAGUUGACACUUCACUGUAUAAUAAAUUACAAAACUCUUAUAAUAAAGUCAAACUCCUCCCCC